CGCUGCCGGGGCCGUGGCGGCGGGAGGAGGAGGAGGAUGCGGCGGCUGGGGCGGGUGGCGCUGCUGUGCCUGGGCUGCGGCGUCUGCUCGCUGCUCUACGGCUUCAGCCAGCUGGCCCUCUCCCUCGAGCAGGAGCCGGGCGGCCGGCGGCGGGACCCGGGACCGGCGGGGAGGAGCAGCGGGGCCGGCAGGUGUAAGAAUUUGUCUGUAUCUUUCUGGAAUUCCUAUUGGAUGCUGCCCUCUGAUGUUUGUGGAAUGAACUGCUUUUGGGAAGCUGCUUUUAGAUAUGAUUAUAUGAAAGCACAACCUUCUGAGAAAAUGCAUCUAGCAGUGGUUGCCUGUGGUGAAAGACUGGAGGAGACUGUUACUAUGUUGAGAUCAGCAAUUAUCUUCAGCAUCAAACCGCUCCAGUUUCAUAUUUUUGCUGAGGACCAAUUGCAUGAGAGUUUCAAAGAUAUACUUGAUGACUUACCGUAUGAAGGAAAAAUUAAUUACACAUUAUAUCCAAUAACAUUUCCUACUGAGAGUGCGACAGAAUGGAAGAAAUUGUUUAAACCAUGUGCUUCACAAAGACUGUUCUUGCCAUUAAUCCUCAAAAACGUGGAUUCACUAUUGUAUGUUGAUACUGACAUCCUGUUUUUGAGACCUGUCGAUGAUAUUUGGUCUUUCCUGAGAAAGUUCAACUCCACCCAGAUUGCUGCAAUGGCACCAGAACAUGAAGAACCUCGUAUCGGGUGGUACAAUCGCUUUGCUCGGCAUCCCUAUUAUGGAGUAACUGGAAUAAAUUCUGGAGUCAUGUUAAUGAAUAUGACACGUAUCAGAAGAAAAUAUUUCAAGAACGACAUGACAACAGUCCGGUUACAGUGGGGAGAAAUUCUUAUGCCUCUGCUGAAGAAGUACAAGUUAAACAUAACAUGGGGUGAUCAGGAUCUAUUGAAUAUUAUGUUUUUUCACAAUCCAGAAAGUCUGUAUGUCUUUCCUUGCCAAUGGAAUUAUCGGCCUGACCACUGCAUUUAUGGAAGCAAUUGUAAGGAAGCUGAAGAAGAAGGUAUAUUUAUUCUUCAUGGAAACAGAGGUGUUUACCAUGAUGAUAAACAACCAACUUUUAGGGCUGUCUAUGAAGCAAUAAAAAAUUAUACGUUUGGAGAUGAUCUAGUUCAUUCCCUGUUGCAGCCCCUAGAACUGGAGUUACAGAAAACAAUGCAUACCUACUGUGGAAGAGUAUACAAAGUGUUCAUAAAGCAGCUAAAGAAAAGCAUAAGGGACUUGUCUGUCAGAAGAUCAAAGGGAAGGUGAUUCUAACUGCAAGCUCUUAAAUCAAGAGACUGAAUUAACAUACUGGUCAAAAGGUGCAACAGUUCUAAUGUGGCUUGAAUCGGCUCUUAACGUGCCCAGAUAGGAGUUUACUAGCCCACGUAAAAAUGAAGAAAAUAUUCAUGUAAUGAAGAACAGUGACUUUUUCUGCAAAGGUGACUUUUGGCUCUUUUGAAGUUUAAUCACUGCUAGUGUUUAUCUUGGAUCUGAUGAUUUGGGUGUUACUGACUUCUAAGGUCAGUAGUUUUAGUCUGCUUAAUUCAGUUAUCUCUAAUGAUCAGAAAAACAAGGGAGAGGUGAAGAUGGCUCAGUUUGGAAGUGUACCUCAUUGUCUAAAAUUCUGUUAAACUGUGAAUGUAGCAAUAACCAAGUCAGCCGCACUAACUUCACUUUAAAGGUGUGAGCACAAAGUUGUUUACAAGUGCAGAAAAUACUCUGUUUUCAAAGAAAUGUGAUAUUAAUCAUUGACAAUCUGUGUGCCUUUAUGGUCAUCUCUUACAUGUUGGAAUCCUGUUUUGACAAUCUUGUUUUGCUUAUUGUAGAUGUAAACUGCACACUAUAAAUAGGAUUUUCUGAGACAUGAAUAGUAUGUGAUACUAGUUUUCUCUGUCUGUAGAUACUGAGACUUUUAAAAAUAUAACAGCAUUUGUUUUAGUAUUGUUGAACCAUCUAUCCCAAAUGAUAUAUCCGAGUUGAGGGGGUUUUAUAUUUUAGCAACAAUUCAAUAUGAAGUUAUUUUUCUUACAAUACUUUUUAAAACUUAAAUGCUUUUGCAGCUUUAUAGGAUGUUUUGGAAGUAGAAAAAAUGGUGGAAAGCUGCCCCUGUUGUAUUUUUGUACUAAGAAUCAUUACUUGAUGAUUGUUACAGAGUAUUUAGUACCUAAAAUUGAAGAACUGUAGUAAAAGUUCUGAUGUUUCAUCAGAUUGUAUUAGGUUUUUUUUUUUUUUUUUUUUUUUUUUUUUUUUUGAGAUAUAUCCUGCAUAUUUUUUAAUAACAUGGCUUUAAAAUAGUUUUGGGCCAGACCCUCGACUGUAUGCAUUAAUGUCAAUAAGGUGAUACUGAUUUACAACAGAUAAGGAUUAGGCUUUCUUUAGAUAUCUUAGUGAAAAAAACAUGUUCUGUUUAUGUAAUCGAAUUUCUUUUUAGAGAGAAGCAUGAAGAAAGAGGCUGACUGUAAUGUUACAGUAAAAUAUUUAAACAUGCAUGGUAUGAAAUGUAUUUGUAAAAUAUACUUGAACUGAACUUGGAUAAACUGAGAUGAAGUCUUCAUAAAGUAAGUUUUCAGAUUCCAGAAGAUUCAGAUACCUGUGUGGUGAACCUUGGAGGAUCCACUCACUGACUUGCACCUUCAUCCCAACUACGUUUGAGAAGUUUAAUUUUUGUGGCUGUUUCUUUGCCAAAGGCAGACUGGCUCUGAAUCUCAGAUCUGUGUGAGCUGACCUGGAUGAAUGCUUUAGCAGUACAGAAGCACACUCCAUUGUAAGCAGAGUUUGUAUUCUGCUCCUUAUCUCCCUGCUGGAUCAGGGUGUAAAUUUAUAUGAUGGUAAACACAAAGUCUGCUGCGCAUGUAGUUACUGUUUCUUUUCCUUCUUAUACAUAAUCUUUUGAAGUCUGAAACUCUAGAAAUCCAUGUGAAGGUGAAUACUGUUAUUAUCUGAUUUUCCAGCAUGCAAUACAUUAUUUUUUUACAUAAAUACUGAUUUUAUAUCAAUCUGUCUUCAGUUUCUUUUUUCACUUGUACUAUGUUUGUGUUUACAAAUUCUUUCAUUUGGCCUGUUUUUUUCUGCAUUUUUUCAGAAACUUUCAGUUUGGACUCGAUUUUUAGUAUGGUGUUUGCAUGUGAAGACGCUACUUAAAACCCUGUGAACUAUUUAGAAAAAAAAAAGUAUAAUGUGAACAUCAGCAGCAACCUUUCCAGUUAAAUUUCAGUUUAUGGGAUUAGAGUAAAAAGGUUAAUAUUGGAACUUAUAAUAGAAUAAAAAAUCUUACUUGGUUUGUAUUUCAAGACACAUUUACUUAGCAUUUUAUAAAUAGCAAGAAAAUAUUGCCAUAUGCCAUUGACUUUGUGUACGUAUACAAUAUAAAUUUAAGCUUCUCACCCUCAACUCUCCAUUGCCAAGUAACUCACACAAACAUUUUAGAAAACUUAAAAAACAAACAAACAAAAAGAAACACUGAAGUGCUGAGUAGCUUCCACAAGUACCUCUCCAGAAUAUUUGUUGUUUUUGAAUAUAUCUCUGUAAUUCUAUAAUCACUAUUAAGUUUAGAAAAAUUAUCUACCUUGAAAAACAAAUCUGAUUUACAGAGAAAACCAUUAGAGACAGUAAUAAUGAAGACAGAAAAAAUGAUGUACUAUGGUAGGAAACUAGUUAUACUCUGAAGCAUUUCAAUGCUUGGUUUCUAAAGUUAUAUACAUAUAAAUUUAUAAACUUAAAUUUGGUCUGCAAAUCUUUAUUGCUGCCUAGUUUUAGAAACUUUUUUGCAGACAUUAACUGAAUAGGGCCAUAUGAAUUAUAGAACUUUAGAAAUCCCAUUAUUAUUCUAUUAUAAUAUUUAAUGCUGAUAGGUUUUAUUGAAAAAUGUAAACAUGCACAUUCAGGUUAAAUUAAGAUAAAUCUUCAUAGUGUUUGAUUUCUCUUUUCGACUUGUUACCAUUAAUAAAUCUAUAUUUAAAAGGGGUCACAGUCUCACGGUAGAAGAGUUCUAUUUGAAGAUGUUCUCAUUUAUAUGAAAUCCUACCUAUCUUUGUAGAUGGCAUGAAAUGCAGGCUAUCCAUUAAUGAUACUGAAACAUCCUUAUAUACGGAACGUGUACCUAUGCCUUUUAACAAGGCUUUAUAAGCCUUAUGAAAAUCUUUCCAGUUAUUUGUAAUUUUGCCAAAAUUCAGACAAAGUGACAUUGGUGCCCAGCCUUUUAAAACUGUAAGCUUUUGAAUUAAAUUUAGAAAGGUUAAGAAAAGAGGUUUAGAAGGAUUUUUUUUAAACAAUACUUUCCUAAAAAGGAAUUGCCUUUUGAUGUUUUUGACCUAAAUUUUGUCGAUCUAUAAACCUCUAGCAAAUUGCUGUUUGGAAUACAGAAGUGUCAGUCUUUUCCAAUUUGUACCAGGUUUCUGUCUAUACUGAACACAUUUCCAGCCAUACCAGAUUUCCACACUUCUCUUUGGGAAAUUUCCAUAACAGAUGACUGAGAAGUCAGUCACCUUUCUUCUACUCCUCCAAAUUAAACCACCCAUCUAGACAGUAUGGAAGAAGAAAUAACUGCAACGCAAUGGUAGAAGGAGAGAAGGGUCUACAUGGAUUGUUGAGAAACAGAAUAUGUGAGGCAGAGAUGGCGUAAUGAAAUGUAUUUGUUUUUUCCUGCCUGGUUUAAAAAGGGGUCUCCAAACACAUGGGUGUGUCUAGAACCUCCAUUACUUAGUAGUCUUAAGUUGUUUUACAUUGUCUACUUUCUGUUUCAAAUUAAAAUAUCUACCUCUAUUAAGCAGUUUUAACUGUCUGUUUUAUUAACUAAAUAAAACUAUUUUUGACCCACUUAAGUGGUGUAUUCCUAUAUAAUGUAAACUAAUGUAUAAGCUACUCGUCUCCAAUUAUUUUUAAAUAAAUUUUAAAUUUUGAGUAA